AAAAGUCGUCUGCCAGCAGUCCAGUAAUACAAGUUUGUGACUAAAUUUACAUUUACGACGUCAUUGAAUUUUUCAGCUCCAUCACAGGAUCUCAUCCAAUCUGUGGACCGACGCUGACAGAAUGAUCAUGAGCGUGUAUUUAUACGUUCAUGGAAUGAUCAACAUUCAAAACGUCAGAGGUGUUGAUGCUCCCGAAUACAAAAUAAGGAGUAAACGGCCACUGCAUUAUUUCAAUUAUCUGCAGUUUUGAGGCUUAUCGUAACUGAACUGCGUUCUGAUUACUGAGGCAACUUUUGCUUGCUCAGGUAAAGAAAACAAGAACCGGCAAAAUAGACACGAAUUCGGGCUUAAUGGUCCUCCGUAUCAAAGAGUUCCCCACUACCAACUUCCCGGAUGUACGCCAUCGCGAAGGGCUCGCUCUUUAAAAAUCAUCGGUAAUUUGCAAAAAAACUAGCCAACCAUACAAAAACUCCAGCAUUAUUCUGCGGAAUUAAAGACAUUAGCACAUGCCAUGGCCGCAAAGGACUUAUCAAAAACGUUUGAAGAUGUCGAAUCAGAUGAUCCAAGUCUGGAAACAUCUGUUCCUACUGAUCUUACGUUGUCUCCUGACUACAGUGAAAGGGAAGGAGGUCGGAAUAAAAAGAGACAGAUUACAAAACAACUGAUCGAACGUAAACAACUUGUUCAUGAUAUGCAGUUGCUCCGAAUUGAACUUUCACAGAAAAAUAUGACUAUCGAAAAUAUGAAGGUAGAGCAUUUGCAGCGUGUAGAAGAGCUAGAGGAAAAAUUGCAAGAUGUUUCUCACCAAAAACAAAUUCUCCAAGCAAGACUGGAAUCGGAGCUACAGAUUCAGCAAGAAGAAGCAAAACGACGACAACAUUCCAUUAACAAGGAGCUAGAAUCAGUGAGAAGCAGGCAACAGCAACUCGAAGCAGCAAAUGAACGUCUCAGAGAAAAGGCUGGCGAUGUUCGUCGUAGCUUGCGAGACCUUAGCUUGACUGAAGAAAAAUACUACAUUCUCAGAGGCCUACCAGACGAAGAAAUCUCACUAAGAGACUUUGUUGCAAUGCGGCUAUAUGAAGGAAUGCGACCUCUGCAGGUGGAAAUAGAUCAACUACGUGUGACAUGCAAGUCUCAAGAAGAGGAGUUAAAAACAAUGUCAAGUGAACUUCUGGAAUUACAAAAGAAACUAGAAGAAGAACGUUUAGCACAUGGAGAACUGCGAGUCCGUUAUCAAAAGAUAACUCUUGAGUAUGCAGACAGCAAAACUCGAAUAAGAAAUGAUGAUUACAAGGUGGAGAACUAUGACAAGGUGAAAUUAGAGAGAGACAACUUGGAAAGAGAUCAUGGAGAUGUGGAGAGACAGUUGUCAGUACUUGAGAUUGCUCACAACAAUCUGCAGAAAGAACGAGAUGAUCUUAGUAGAGAGCUGUCUGCAGCCAAGCAGUCUCUUCAGUUGCUGAAACAGGAUAAAGACUAUCUAAGUCGUCAGGUCACUGAAGCUAACAAUCGUUCAACAUUUGCUGAUGAGAAGUUGCAGCAGCUAGCCAGGCAAGUUGAUGCUGCCAAGGAAGCACGAGAAGAAAUGUAUGAGAAAUAUGUGGCCUCUAGGGAUCAGUACAAAUCAGAAUAUGAAAAUAAACUUAGAGAAGAGCUUGAGCAAAUACGGAUUCGCACCAAUACGGAAAUUGACAGGCUUCGAACAUCAACUAGAGAAAUGUAUGAAAGGGAAAAUAGGAAUCUUAGAGAAGCCAGAGAUAUGGCCAUCAACGAACGUGAACAGGCACAGGCAACAGAAAGGGAGACAAAAGCCAAAUAUGAACAGAUGGUUGAUAAGUUUCGUGAAAUGCAAUCCAAAUGGGAAAGCCAGCUGUCUGAAGUUCAUAAUCAACUGAAGGUAAAGGGGUUUGAAGCAGAGAGGUCACAGCUGGUCUAUGAAGAAGCCAUGAAGAAUCUGAGGGCUAGUGAAAUGGACAUUGACAAGCUUGCAGAAAAAGGGCAGGUGCUGACAAAAGAGUACUAUGCUUUGCAAACAGCUAUGGAGAAGCGUGUGGUAGAGCUGGAGGGACAGUUGUCAGAACGAAAUGCAAAACUUGAGACAUACGAGCGACUGGAAGGGGAAUUAGAUGAUGUGAUCCUCCAGGCUGCAGAGAUUGACAAUGAACAGGAAGCUGAAAAAGUUUUGUUCUCUUAUGGCUAUGGCGCCAAUGUUCCUAGCACCACAAAGAGAAGAAUGCAGCACAGUGUGCAACUGGCUCGGAGAGUUUUGCAGCUGGAAAAAGCCAACACUUCACUAAGGCAUGAAGUCCAAAGAGAACAAAAUAAAGUUAAACAGCUGGGAGAUGAGCUCAAGAGUGCUAAUGCAGUGUUAGACCAAGCCCAGCAGCCAUACAGCUAUCUCAUUGAGAGUAUACGAGUUCGGGAAGUGCAGAUUCAACAACUCAGUCAGCAAGUUGCCAUGCUGGAGGAGGAUACUCAAAAACUUGAGAAAGAGCGUAGUGAUCUUGUAAAAAUGAAAAACCAGAUGGCUCUUGACUUGGAAAGACUCCUCAAUCAGCGUGAGGAAAUGGCCAUCAUGAAGCAAGUUGUGAUGAGUAUGUCAGAACGUGUACCAUCUGCAAAACAGGUGGGAGAUGAAAGAAGACCAAAGUCUGCUUCCUUACAUCUGCCGAGCACUCAUCACAGAGACUUCGAGAUACAUGAUGAUAUAGACAUUGUCAAGCCAGGCCCUCUCUCACUGACAAAAGCACCACGGUGGGCCAACAAAUUGAAGAAGAAGAACUCAAGUCAGAAAACACAGUUUUCUAAAGUGUAUGGUUAUGCUACGAAAUGACAGGCUUGGUAUUCAGUCAACAGUGAAAGGAAGAGCAGUGCUUUUUCAGUCAGCAACAAAAUAAUGCCACUUGAAACCAUUUACAGGAUCAAGAGUCAGCAGCAAUUUUUUGUGAGCAAAGAUAAUUUUAGUCUGACGGUGACCAUGAAGUUAGGAGAUCACUUAAUACUUUGUGUUCAUUGGUUUCCAUAUUAAUAACUUACUGACGAUUGAUUAGCAUCAAAUCCUCAUGAAGCUUCCUGUUUCUUCAUCUUCCUUCUACUCAUACCAUAGAAAGAAAUAUCUGCUGUGAUAUUGUACAGAGUAAAAUGUCUGCAGAGGUAAGCUAUAUUUAAAUACUCCUUUCAAUGUUCGAAUUGAAGGAAAAAGAGAAUGGAGAAAAAUAUCUUUAUUUCAGCUUUUUAUUUGGCCAUUUAUAUGAAUGAUAACCCUUGCCCCAUUAAAAAAAAUGUCUGCAGAAACAGUGAAACUGGCAAAACAAAUCAAACUUGUAUAAUUCAGCUAAUGACAUAAAGAACAGUCCAUGGAAUUACAUUUCUGCCACAUUUGAGAGAUUUAUGAUUUUUUUAUAGCAUGUUUUUAACCUUUUGCAUCCACAUCUUGAAGUUAUUUUACAUUAAAUAUUUUAGUCCUUGUAACUUUCUAGGUUUUUGUUUUUAUUUUUCUUACAUUAAAAGACUGCUGGAAAGAAAGUUGUCUGUACAUUUGUUUAUUGAAUAAAGUGCCACAAAUACAAUUUCUAUACACUGAUAUUUAUUGUGUAAACUGUCAUGGAAUAGAAAUUUUAUGUUCUUUAACAAGAUAUGUAAUAAAAUAUCAAUUUAAAUUCUUA